CAGAAAGCCCAGCCAGAGGAGCGAAGUUGUGAGCUGCAUUUACUUUAACUUUAUAGCGAAGUUAGCUGUUCAACUUCUGAGUGUUCGAAUCAGGCGUAGUAACCUGCAGCCAGAUGAAACGCUGAGCCACUGCAGUGCCAGAUGCCCAAAGUAACCUGAGAGAUGUCAUCACCACAUCCCAAGGGAGCAGAGAUUUCUUCAGGCAACAUUGUUUCAGAGACUGACAGUGCUGCCAAAUCACAUAAAUCAGAUAUGAAGAGGAGGAGGGAGACUCGACAAAGCCCAUUCAAAGUGCCAGACAGUAAAAGCAUUUUCCUGCUGAGUGUAAAUGAAAGAGGGGAGCGAAAAGAGGAGAUGUGUAAAUUCCUGUCUUUACCAAUUGAUGAGAAGACGACCCACGCUGCUCAAAUGAUAGCCAAGCUGGGGAAAGAGCUGGAAGAACAAGUGGAGGAGGAAGAAGAGGAGGUGGAAGAAAAGGAGAAGAUGAAGAAUCAAAAACAAAUCAAGACUAAGACAGUUCUCCCUAAACAAACACCCAGCAGACAUCAGCUGAAGAUGGCCAUGAUGAAACGAGAAAACAUUACAAAAGAAAGCAAACAUGAUUUAAUCUCCAUGGAACGGCAGAAGGCGGUGUUGGAGUUAUCUCUGAUGACGAAGAGGUCUGAGAUUUUGAGGAUGGACAAAGCCAUUGCAAAAGAGGAGGCACAGCUGAGGCAGCUUGAAAAGAUUAUUGAGAGAGACAACCUCAAAUUUGAAGAGUUCCUCAGGGAGAACGAGAAGAAAUCUGUGGAGGCCAGAACAUUUUUUGAACAGGAGGCCAAGAUCAAACAAGAGAAGAAUGCAGAGAUCAAGAAACUGACUGCUGAAAUAGGGACCAUACAAAGUGAAAUUGCCAAAUUUGAAGAAAUCCUAAUAGACUACAAGAGAUACAAGGAGCUUCUGUUCCAGCUGUCUCCUCCAGAGUGGCAGGAGGCCCAGAAGACCAAGGCUUUGAAAGCUAAAGUCCUGCCUGGCGGAGACGCUGGGGACAAGCAGAAUGGGGAGCUCGAGGGGUCAGCUGUUAAGAACGGUUUGGAGGGCAAAGAUUCCAGUCCAGGUCGAGAGCUGCCUUCCAUGAAAGAGACCAGACCUCCCUCAGCCCACAGCGACACACAGAUCACAACCUCUAAACUGGAUAGCGACAGCUCAGACUAUGAGGAGAAGCUGGAGCAAUACUUAAGAGAUCCCCAGCAGCUACUGGAUCUGGUGACAGAGCUGACAGACCACAACUUGUCCCUUAUUCAGAACUCUACAAGGGUGGAAGAGACACUGGAAGAGCUCCGAGAGUCCAUGGAGACAACCAGGAAGAAGAUUGAAAAGGACGAAGAGCAGCUAACACUGCAGAUAGCCGACAUGAACCAGAGAAUCGACAUAGAGAAGGCAAGAGGCGCGAAGCUCAGACAGAAGGUUCAGCUCCAUGUUUCACUGAACACAGAAGACCAGGAUGUUAUGUUGGAUGCUCUGGGUGAGAAGGUGGUAGAGGUCCAUCGCUGCUGCGUGGAUGACAGAAUUACCAACCUCAGCACCUUGGAGAAACUGGCCAAUAUUGAGAAUCGCAUGUCUUUACUGCUGCAGGGCCUCGAGAGCAUCCCUGAAGAGAACUUAGAGAUAAUGAAGAAGAUCAAGGACAGUGAGAAGAGGAGCAGGCAGCGUGAGGAAAAGCUGAGAGAGCAGAGAGAGAAACAGAAGGAGAGGAUGAGGAGGUACUUGGAGAGAUCUCUGGCUGACUCCAAGAAAAUAACAGGGAGAAAGCUCAUGCCCAGAUGCAAACCUGUUGCCCAGAAAGUCAGAGUCAGGAAUGUGGACGACACUUCUGCUGAAGAUGAGAUGCAUGCCUACCUCUUCAGCUCUGAGGAUUUAGAGUAAAAAUAUGACA